UUCUUUCCGUUUCAAUUCAAUACGUUUUCAAAACCCUCUCUCAAACACACUCCGACGCUGAAUCGCUAGGUUUUCGGCUACCGUUUCGUGUUUAUCGCCGUUCCUCCGGUAACCGGUUCUUCAGUCCGAGUUUCCUCGUUGAUAUCUGACUUUUAUACUACAGUAUUUGCAAUGUCGGUAAAAACUGUUAAAGUUAGCAAUCUCUCUUUAGGGGCUUCUCAGCGGGACGUAAGGGAGUUUUUUUCCUUUUCCGGAGAUGUUGUAUAUGUUGAGGUGCAAAGUAAUGAUGAACGUUCCCAAAACGCAUUUGUCACCUUCACAGAUUCACAAGGAACAGAGACUGCUGUUCUUCUUUCGGGAGCAACAAUAGGCGAUAUGACCAUCACUGUAACCCUAGCACCAGACUACCAGCUUCCACCAGAUGCUAUUCCCUCUCUUCCUCCCCAUGGUGGUAACACUUCAUCUGAAGGGGAAUCUGCUUUCCGUAAGGCUGAGGAUGUUGUGAGCAGCAUGUUUGCAAAGGGUUUUGUUCUGGGUAAAGAUGUUGUUAGUAAAGCCAAGUCCUUUGAUGAAAAACAUGGUUUGACAUCCACAGCUUCUGCUAAAGUCACUUCUUUCGACAAGAAAAUUGGAUUCACCGAGAAGGUGAGCACAGGCACCUCCAUCGUUAACGAAAAAGUCAAAGAAGUUGACCAGAAGCUUCAGGUCUCCGAAAAAGCCAAAUCAGCAUUUGCAGCUGCGGAGCAAACUGUCAGUAAUGCCGGUUCUGCCAUUAUGAAAAACAGGUAUGUAUUUACCAGCGCUGCAUGGGUAACUGGCGCUUUCAACAAAGUAGCGAAAGCAGCCUCGGAAGUUGGGCAACAAACGAAGGAGAAAGUGGGUCAGGCAGAAGAUGAACAGAAACAUAAGAUGGUGGACGACUUUGCACAAGUUCAUUUAUCUGAGUCUCCCAAAGCAGCUUCGGUUCCAACCGAGCAGCAGCCUCCGCCUUCCAAGCCUGCGCCAGUACAAGGUUUGAUCCUCUAAUCCACAUUUAUCUGUAUAUAUCGCUUAUUGAAAUCAUAUUCCAGUUGUCGUUUCGUUAUAAAACUCGAUAUCAUUAGACUACUGCAUUCUUUCCAUAAUAUCCUGGUCUAUGCAAUCUUCAUUUUCAUGCUUUACCAACCUGUCAACACCCAUGCUUAUGGAAUUUUUUGCAUCU